GCGUCUGGAAAUCUCUCGAAGCGUCUAGAACAUUCGCGGCUGGGGCUGUUUUUUCUAUAAAAGCAGCAGCGCGGCGAACGCCGGUCGAGUCUUGAAAAAAAUCUAGUACGGUGCGCGUCGACAGCGUCUGAAAAGUUUUGUGAAUUUCCAAUUCUGCACAAAGCAAAGUGAAAAUUAUAUUUUUACCUUUAUUCUGUGAAUAGAACGAAAGACAUACAUACAAGAUGCCUGAGGAAACAGAGACCUUCGCCUUCCAGGCUGAGAUCGCUCAGCUGAUGUCCCUGAUCAUCAACACAUUCUACUCGAACAAGGAGAUCUUCCUGCGAGAGUUGAUCUCGAACGCCUCCGAUGCCCUGGACAAGAUCCGCUACGAGUCCCUGACGGAUCCCAGCAAGCUGGACUCCGGCAAGGAGCUCUACAUCAAGCUGAUCCCCAACAAGACGGCCGGCACUCUGACCAUCAUCGAUACCGGUAUCGGUAUGACCAAGUCCGACCUGGUCAACAACUUGGGAACCAUCGCCAAGUCGGGAACCAAGGCUUUCAUGGAGGCCCUGCAGGCCGGUGCCGAUAUUUCCAUGAUUGGUCAGUUCGGUGUGGGUUUCUACUCCGCCUACCUGGUGGCCGACAAGGUGACCGUCACCUCCAAGAACAACGAUGAUGAGCAGUACGUGUGGGAGUCCUCGGCCGGAGGAUCCUUCACCGUCCGUGCCGACGACUCUGAGCCCCUGGGCCGCGGUACCAAGAUCGUGCUGUACAUCAAGGAGGACCAGACCGACUAUCUGGAGGAGAGCAAGAUCAAGGAGAUUGUCAACAAGCACUCCCAGUUCAUUGGCUACCCCAUCAAGCUGCUCGUGGAGAAGGAGCGCGAGAAGGAGGUCAGCGACGAUGAGGCCGAUGACGAGAAGAAGGAGGGUGAUGAGGAGAAGAAGGAGAUGGACACCGAUGAGCCCAAGAUCGAGGAUGUUGGCGAGGAUGAGGAUGCCGACAAGAAGGACAAGGAUGCCAAGAAGAAGAAGACCAUCAAGGAGAAGUACACCGAGGAUGAGGAGCUGAACAAGACCAAGCCCAUCUGGACCCGCAACCCCGAUGACAUCUCCCAGGAGGAGUACGGCGAGUUCUACAAGUCCCUGACCAACGACUGGGAGGACCAUCUAGCCGUCAAGCACUUCUCCGUGGAGGGUCAGCUGGAGUUCCGUGCUCUGCUCUUCAUCCCCCGUCGCACGCCCUUCGAUCUCUUCGAGAACCAGAAGAAGCGCAACAACAUCAAGCUGUACGUGCGUCGUGUCUUCAUCAUGGACAACUGCGAGGACCUCAUCCCCGAGUACUUGAACUUCAUCAAGGGUGUGGUCGACUCUGAGGAUCUGCCCCUCAACAUCUCGCGUGAGAUGCUGCAGCAGAACAAGGUGCUGAAGGUGAUCCGCAAGAACCUGGUCAAGAAGACCAUGGAGCUGAUCGAGGAGCUCACCGAGGACAAGGAGAACUACAAGAAGUUCUACGACCAGUUCAGCAAGAACCUGAAGUUGGGCGUGCACGAGGACAGCAACAACCGCGCCAAGUUGGCCGACUUCCUGCGCUUCCACACAUCUGCCUCCGGCGAUGACUUCUGCUCCCUGUCCGACUACGUGUCGCGCAUGAAGGAGAACCAGAAGCACAUCUACUUCAUCACCGGCGAGUCCAAGGACCAGGUCAGCAACUCUGCCUUCGUGGAGCGCGUCAAGGCCCGCGGCUUCGAGGUGGUCUACAUGACCGAGCCCAUCGAUGAGUACGUCAUCCAGCACUUGAAGGAGUACAAGGGUAAGCAGCUGGUCUCCGUCACCAAGGAGGGUCUGGAGCUGCCAGAGGACGAGAACGAGAAGAAGAAGCGCGAGGAGGACAAGGCCAAGUUCGAGAGCCUGUGCAAGCUGAUGAAGUCCAUUCUGGACAACAAGGUCGAGAAGGUGGUGGUGUCCAACCGUCUGGUCGACUCGCCCUGCUGCAUUGUCACCUCGCAGUUCGGCUGGUCCGCCAACAUGGAGCGCAUCAUGAAGGCUCAGGCUCUUCGUGAUACCGCCACCAUGGGCUACAUGGCCGGCAAGAAGCAGCUGGAGAUCAACCCCGACCAUCCCAUCGUGGAGACUCUGCGCCAGAAGGCCGAUGCCGACAAGAACGACAAGGCCGUCAAGGAUCUGGUCAUCCUGCUGUUCGAGACCUCUCUGCUGUCCUCUGGCUUCUCCCUGGACAGCCCCCAGGUGCACGCCAGCCGCAUCUACCGCAUGAUCAAGCUGGGUUUGGGCAUCGACGAGGACGAGCCCAUGACCACCGAGGAUGCCCAGAGCGCCGGAGAUGCCCCCUCGCUGGUUGAGGACACCGAGGACGCUUCCCACAUGGAGGAGGUCGAUUAAGCGACCAGAACAAACCAAAAUUCAUUAUCACUCGCAUUCACAUACACAAUUUACUUGCGUUCCGAACUUUUGUACUUAGUUUACGACGGCCGAGUUAAAUUUUGUAUCCCCAUUAACCCUUUGCCGCGUUGUAUGCGACAAGAACAACAUACGCUUAACUCAUACAUAUAAACCAGAAUAACUCUUAAAAUGGUUAGGUUCCCGCAAAACAUUCAAGAGCAGUUGUCGUUUUAAGAACUUCUAAUUUAGAAUCCAAGUAAUUUAUGUAUAAAACUAAAGACUACGUACGCGCUCUAGUUGAUAUAGCUAUAUAAAGAAUGGAGUAAAUGUAUAAUUAAGGUUUGAUGACCCGAUCGAUGAUAAACAUAAAAACAACCAACCAAAUAAACAAGCAGAUGUGUUUUAAAAUCAAA